UCAUCUCAUGACAUUUCGUCUUCAUCAUCAGCAAACACUGUUAACCAAUUUCCCCGCGUUUCCCAGUUUCCACCACUGCGAGCGAGAAAAAGAGAGAGAGAGAUCACAGAUUCUGUUUCCAAUGGAAGUUCCCGCGUUUACGGUUCCGCUUACACAGAAAGAUUCCGAUAGCAGGAGCAGCAACACGAAGUCUCAGGCCAUGGAGAAAGCGAACGGCGCCAAGAAUCUCUCCGCCGCCGCCGCCGCCGUCCCAGAGGUUCUCGGCGACUCCACCGCCAUUGACACCGUCGCAUCGGCCACUGCUGGUGUUGCUUCAGCAACGCAGAAGAAGGCGCGGAAGAAGAGGCCGCAGCAACUCAUCAAGGUCUCCAACACCAAGAAUCCUUUCAUCUUCUACCUCAAUCUCGCCAAGAGGCACAUCAAGCAGUACAACUCUGUGGAGCUUUCUGGUCUUGGAAUGGCGAUUCCUACUGUGGUUACGAUCGCCCAGACUCUGAAGCGCACUGGACUUGCAGUCGAGAAGAGUAUCAAAAUCUCCAGCGUUGAAUCUAAGGGGGCUGAGACUGGCCGCUUGGUUCAGAAAGCAAAGAUCGAUAUUCUGCUGGAGAAGGCGGCUGUGAAAUCUGAUGAGACUUCUACCAUGUCUACGUCUGCCGAUACCAUCUCUGAGGCUGUCUCCGUCAUUUGACUGCAGCCCUGCCAGUAGUAAUGAGGGACUUCUUGUUGUUAAUCCACAUUCUCGUGGUGAUUCGUGCAUAGAUAGUGGAAGCUCUGCUGUAUUGUUCUUCCUAGUGUCCAUUUCGUAUAUUCUGCCGUAGCCUGUCAAGAACAAGUAACAGAGGUGGUAGUCUUGGCCUCUUUGCUGACAGAUGUUUUUACUUGUGCUCGUACAUUUCGUUUCUGUUGUAGUUGGCCAGGCUUACUGGACUAGUAAAUGUACAAGUACUAGCCUGCUUACUUCUCACAUUACUUCAACUGUAAACAGAACAACAGUUGGUUUCAUCUAGCAAUCAGACGUUGGGAGUGCUCUUUUGCAUCAAUAUAGUGACAGCUUGGCAAGAGUAAGGGCAAGUACUUUGACACCGUUGGCUAUAUCUUGACUAGAAGAAUAUUCUUCAGGUUUGUGGCUGUAUCCUACAAAAUCCAAGUAAAACAUAUGUAUACUAGAUCAGUAGCCUGUUCAUUGUCUAGGUAAUACGACCCUUAAUAGCGCUUCUGGUGUGACAUAUCUACCUUUGUAGCAUGGAAUGAAGAGCAUGCCCAUUGGAGAUAUCCUGCGAAAGUUAAAAUGGUUGCAGUGUCAGUCAGCUGUUUGUAGUAAGGGAUAUUGAGAACAUCAAUAGCAGUUCAUUUGUGCAUGUAAAGGGCCUUCUUACCUGGCCAUAAAUAGGGAAUCGUGGUAAGCACUGCUUAUCAUCGAUUUAUGAGUUAAAUUCAACUCCUUUGCGGCAUCUCCCAUUGCCUUAAUUAUAGAUUUAUCUGACAAAGCUGGUGGAUCCUAAUUCACUAUUCUGAAUUCUGACAGUGACACGCUACGCUUUUUGGCUAUUGC